AUGGAGGAGAGGCAUUUGGUGUGGCGAAAGAACGCUCCUUUCUUUUACGACACAAUUCUAAGUCACAAGUUCGACUGGCCCUCCUUGACCGUGGAGUGUUUCCCUCCUGCACAAGCUUCCUCCUCCUCUGGUAUUAUAAGGCUGCUGCUAGGAACUGCAACAGACGGCAGCGAGCAAAACUUCUUAGUGCAGGCAGAGGCAAGACUUCCUUCUCCUUCUCUAGAGGUAGACCCCAUUGUAUGCGAAACCUACUCAGGGUUUACUGCUCCUCGUAGCAAAUGCAGCCGUGGGGGCCCCCCUGCUGGGGCCCCGGGUACUUGUGCUCCUCUAGAGGUCAAGGCGCUGCUUAUACACCCCGGGGGUGUAUCGCGAGCUCGCCUCCGCCCCCUAAACCCUUUGCAUAUAGCGAGUUGUACUUGUGAGGGUUUGGUGUUAUUCUGGGACUAUAGUAAGCAUCCAUCUUUCCCCACGUCCCCUAAUCCUGCUGCAACUGCUGCUGCUGCUGCUGCUGCAGCAGCAGCAGCAGCUGCUGCUGGUGGUGGUGGUGGGGCCGGAGCAGCUGCCGCUGCAGCAACGGGGCUGCAUGCACCCGCACAAAAUGUUGCCAAGCCCCAAUUAGCACUCAUAGGACACGGUAGUGCUGCUGUAGAGGGACUGAGUUGGAGUGUAGCAGACAGCAGACGUCUAGCCUCUGCAGAUGCAGCAGGUGUCUGCUUGUUAUGGGACGUUAGCAACAGCAGCAGCAGCAGCGGCAGCAGCAGCAACAACAACAAUAUUGGUGGGCUUAAGCCAGGGGAUGUUGCAGCAGAUGGUGUACACAUCGCUGCUGUUACCCCACAGGUGUCUCCUCUGCAUGCAUACAGCAAACAAGGUGUCUCCUUUAAUGAUAUUGAGCAGCAUAUUCAUCAUCCAGACUUAGCUGUUGUUGCUGCUGAGGAUGGAUGCUGCUUGCUGCUGGAUUGGAGGCAACGGGAAGCAGCAGCAGCAGCAACAGCAGCAGCAAAUGCAGCAGCAAAUGCAGUAUCUUGGAGUCCUCAGGAGCCUCGUGUCUUUGCAGUUGGCGACGGAGCUGGCAAGGUGUCUCUCUUUGACACAAGGUGUCUCCGUUGUCCCCUCCUGUCUCUUUCUGCUGUUGCUGCUGCUGCUGCUGCUGCAGAGGAGACACCUCAAUCAGGUGUCUCCAUUAGUGCUGUCCGCUUCCACCCAGAGUUUGGGUUCCUCCUGGGUGCAGCAGCAGACGACGGUACAGUAGCCCUGUGGGACCUCGUGGCUGCUAGCACACAGCAGCAGCAGCCGCAGCUGCUGCAGCAGCAGCAGCAGCAAGGAGAGGAGAUGCAUGAAGAUGGAGAAGGAGACUACCCCACAAGAAGGGGCCCCAAGGGUCCGCCAGGCCUCUUAUUUGUGCAUGCAGGGCACUCUGCCCCCAUAGCUGAUUUCUGUUGGCGCACGGCACAGGUCCAGCCUCCAUCCAGCAGCAGCAGCAGCAACGGCAGCAGCAGCAGCAGCCGUGUACACCAUCUGCGGCAGUCCCUUAUGGGGGCAAGUGUCUCCUUUGAUAACAAGGUCCAGCUAUGGCAGCCAUCCGAGCUGCUCUUCUGCCCCUCUGAUGGAGGGUUUAGCUAA